UAUGACUUCACAAUUGGUAAAUUCAAUAGAAAAUAAGAAAAGAAAACUACAGGCCAUGUUCAAAUUAUUUUUCUGUUUGGAUUCUUAAGUCUUUGGUGGUUUAGUUUAUUUAGUUAUUCAAGAACUUACUUGUUAGCACUAUAAUAAUAUAAUACGACCUCCAUGUUGGCCUUGACUAUUAAUGUUGUCAUCUGUCUGUGGUGAUUAAUGAUAUAAAAAAGGAAUCUUGAAAUUAGCAAUCAAUGCCUGGUCACAUUUGGUAAUGGCAAACGUAAAAUGUAUCAAGACAACCAAAAUAGAACAAUGGACUAAAUUAUUAGAGACAAAGCAGGUCGUUAUUAUCAGUUGUUCAAUUGACUCAAGUGGCCAUCUUGAAUGCACUGAUUCCUACUAUUGAGAAGUAUAUUCUCUAGCAAAUGAGGGUUCAUCAGUCUCCACGUCUUAGUGAGCCUAAUCACCACAUCUUAUCGAACACACUUUGCUAAAAAUCAAGUUCAAUUUACUUGAGUGUUUUAUUUCCAUAACAUGGAUAUGUUAUUUGAUGAUUGUCUGAAUGGAAAGAUUUCUCGACUUGUGUCAAACAUCUCUGGAAUUGUUUUAUUUCUGUAACAUUUUCAAUAUAUAUUCCUGUUUGGCAUCUCCAUAAGCUCCACUAGUAUUUUGAUGUUCCUUUAUUUCUUGGGCCUGUCCAAUUCAGUACCACAUUGAAUCCAAAUUAGGCUAAUGUUUCUUCUAUUCAUGCAGAACCUUGUAGGGUUGCCAUGAUGUUGUAGUCGGGUUGCUUGUUUGGAGCUGUGUUGAGGGAUAUAAUUGUCAUACUUCUUUGAUGUUGUUCAGGCAACAUCAAAUCAGAUAUCAAAGCGUGACCCUUUAAGACAGUAUAUGAAUAUUAUAGAUAGCAUGUUACAUCAAAUGUUAAAUGAAGAUCCUUCCUUCAAACCUCAAGGUGGGAGGUUUGGGGAGAAUGAUAUGGACUAUGAUACUGAUGAGAAAUCAAUGGCAACUCUUCGACGCCGGCUUAGGAUAGCUAGAGAGGAAUAUUGUCGGUAUCGAAGGUACAACAUAAUGUGUGAAUAUAUGAGCUUUGUCUUGGAAGCCCUCGAGCUGGAAGAUACCAUAAAAAACUAUGAGCGCCGUGAUGCAACUGGAUGGAAAUUUGUUUCAAGCUUGAGGCUUGAGCGAACGGGCAAACUAGGGUCUUCUCUUGAUAAGAUUGAAUUCAUUUGGCGUUGUGUUCUAAGAAAGCAACUAGAGAAACUCUUGGCUAUCAUUCUGGGUUGCAUGUCAGCUGCAAUUCUUUUAGCAGAGGCUACCAUAUUGCCUAGUGGAGUUGAUUUAUCUCUUUUCUCCAUCCUCAUAAACUCUGUGGGAAAGCAGGAAAUGCUCGUGCAGGUUGCUGCUUUUGUCCCUCUAAUGUAUAUGUGCAUCUGCACCUAUUAUUCCUUGUUUAAAAUUGGAAUGCUGAUGUUCUACUCAUUCACACCAAGACGAACAAGCUCAGUCAGCUUGCUUAUGAUAUGCUCGAUGGUUGCACGAUACGCUCCGCCAAUUUCAUACAAUUUUCUCAAUCUUAUCCAUGUCCCUGGUAAUAGGAAAACGAUCUUUGAGAAGAGAAUGGGGAACAUAGAUGAUGCUGUGCCUUUCUUUGGUAAAGGAUUCAAUAAAAUAUAUCCCCUCAUCAUGGUUAUAUACACACUAUUACUUGUGACAAACUUCUUUGAUCGAAUCAUUGAUUAUUUUGGCCACUGGAAGAUAUUCAAGUUUCAAGAUGAAGCUGAUGACACAGAUGGAUUUGAUCCAUCAGGACUAAUUAUCUUGCAGAAAGAACGGUCUUGGCUUGAGCGAGGGCAUACGGUUGGUGAGCAUGUUAUUCCAUUGGCAAGGAAUUUCAACGGCCUGAGUAUUGACAUUGAACCUGGCAGCACUAACACUAAAAGAGUACUGAAGGACAUGGUAUCACAUGAGAAAGGGGUUGAAAAGAAAUUCAUUCAUGUCCGUUUCAACGUCUGUGGUUCUCCUCUUGAAUGUCCUGAGACUUUUCCAAGUAUUGGGCGUGUGAGGGUUAAACAUCGAGGAAUUCUUCUUACUCUCAAGGGGACUGUAAUUCGAUCUGGAGCAGUGAAGAUGUAUGAGGGGCAGCGGACAUAUCAGUGUAAGAAAUGCAAGCACAUGUUUCCUCUUUAUCCUGAGCUUGAAACAAGAAACUCAAUAACGCUACCAUCAAUCUGCCCCUCUGAGAGGUCCAAUCCUUGCGAAGGCACUAAAUUCCAGUGCAUAGAAAGUACUACAGUCUGUCAUGAUUAUCAGGAAAUCAAAAUUCAAGAAAGCACGCAAGUGUUGGGUGUUGGGGUGAUUCCUCGUUUAAUUCUAGUCAUUCUUCAGGAUGAUCUUGUUGACACUGUUAAAGCUGGAGCUCUUGUUUGUCCAGACGAUGUUAUCAUUACAGGGAUCUUGACUGCUAAGUGGUCUCCUGAUUUAAAAGAUGUGCGGUGUGACCUUGAUCCCAUUUUAAUUGCCAACCAUGUGAGGAGAACUAAUGAGCUGAAAUUAGACAUAGAUAUUCCUGAUGAUGUUACUCUGAAAUUCAAGCAAUUCUGGUCAGACUUUAGAGACACCCCAUUGAAAGGGAGAAAUGCUAUUCUACGAGGAAUUUGCCCUCAAGUUUUUGGACUCUUCACUGUGAAACUUGCAGUUGCACUAACACUGAUUGGAGGUGUCCAACAUGUUGAUGCUUCUGGGACAAAGAUUCGAGGAGAGUCUCACUUGCUUCUGGUUGGCGACCCGGGUACUGGAAAGUCUCAGUUCUUGAAAUUUGCUGCAAAAUUAAGCAACCGAUCUGUCAUCACUACCGGCUUGGGAAGCACUAGUGCUGGACUGACUGUUACUGCAGUCAAGGAUGGUGGGGAGUGGAUGCUAGAAGCUGGGGCACUUGUUUUAGCAGAUGGAGGGCUUUGUUGUAUUGAUGAAUUUGAUAGUAUGAGAGAGCAUGACAGGGCAACCAUACAUGAAGCAAUGGAGCAGCAGACUAUAAGUGUUGCUAAGGCUGGCCUUGUUACAACUCUUGGUACCAGGACGAUUGUCUUUGGGGCAACAAAUCCCAAAGGACACUAUGAUCCUGAUCAACCUCUCUCUGUCAAUACGACACUUUCUGGUCCCUUACUAAGCAGAUUUGAUAUUGUCCUAGUCCUCUUGGAUACAAAGAACCCUGAAUGGGAUGCAGUUGUAUCAUCACAUAUUCUAGCUGAGGGAGAAUCCAAAAGUUGCAAGAAGGAUGAAGAUCUAGCAAAUAUCUGGCCACUUCCUAUCCUUCGGAGGUAUAUUCAUUAUGUAAAAGAACACUUUAAACCAGUGCUUACAAAAGAGGCUGAAAAGGUUAUCUCAAGCUAUUAUCAACUCCAAAGGAGAUCAGCAACGCAUAAUGCAGCAAGAACAACGGUGCGCAUGCUUGAAAGCUUGAUACGCCUGGCUCAAGCACAUGCAAGGCUUAUGUUCAGAAAUGAGGUCACUAGAUUAGAUGCCAUAACGGCCAUUUUAUGCAUUGAAUCAUCCAUGACUAUCUCGGGCAUUGUAGACUGCAUAGGGAACGCCUUGCAUUCCAAUUUCACUGAGAACCCUGAUCAGGAAUAUGCCAAGCAAGAGAAGUUAAUUCUUGAAAAGUUAAGUUCAGUUAAUGAGUUCCGGGAAUCAAAUGGCUUGGAAGGUUUGUGAUAAUAUGUGCAGGAAAAUGGAAGCAUCCUGGUUGAACGAGCUCUUUUCAGGUUGCAGCUAACGACAAUAACCAUUUAUUAUAGAAAUUUUACCACUUUGUUUUUGCUAGGAUAGGUAAAUGCUAUUAAUAUUUAAUGCAAAUAGCCUGAAGUAGAUGUUCUGAAAGUCUGGAGAACAGAACUUUUGGACGAGGCUUCAUUUGAAAAGCCAAGCUGAUGUUGAUGGUUUGAUGUUAUAUCAGGAUUAUUUGACUGUAACUAAAUUUAGAAGGAUUUGUUUGUAAUUAUAGAACACUUCUAGCAUUUUUAGAGAUGUAAUCUUAGCCUAAUCAAAUUGAUACAUUGUUAAGCUGAGUUUGGUUUGAUUGAAAAAUUCGAAACUCGAAAUUCGAUUUGAACUCAAAUAAGUUUUAUUUUUCAUGUUUAAGGUCAGCUUGUAAUUUAAUUGAGUAAU